CGUCCGUUCGUUCAGACGCAACAUUCUUUUGACAGCUCGCAACCAUAGCAGACGCGAAAAGCGCGCGGUCGCGGCCACCGGAAUAUUACGGUCUGCCUCGCAGUUUCAAACAAACGGAUCAACAACAACUGAGAGAAGAAAAAAAAAACAAACAACAACGCAACAGUUUAAUGCGUGUUACAGUUUUGACUAAAGUGUGUACUUUUCCUUGAAGAGUAUUUUGUGAAGAAAAAUUUGUGAAGUGAAUUUUGUUGAAAAAGCAACAUAAACCUAGGCGCAGUGCAAAAACACAUCGUAGCGUGAAAGUGGUGUGGAAUUGUAGUACAAUUGAAUAAGCAAACGGGCGAAAAGUGUCUAGACCUUGGCCACAGGAAUCAUUGGCGAUUGCAAUUGGUUCAUGCCCCAGCAUAACCGACCGUGACCGUGGGGACGCGCCUGAGCACAGUAGUGCAAAACGAGACGUGCGUCCGCGUGCCGUGCAGCAGCAGCAGCAAACGCAAGUGCAUCCAAACUGCACUUUUCUGAGUGCAUCUUUCGCGUGUACCAGCGUGUAUGUGUGCGUGUAUCGGUGUAAGUGUGUUGGUGUUUCUAUCGGUGGCAAAAUAUUAAACAGAAGAAAGUCGGUGCACCCCACUUUCAAAGCAAAAAAAAAGGGCAGAAAAGUAGAGCACACCCUUUCCGGAUCGGAUCCGCAUUUAUUAACAACACUUACGGGUGUACGUGUGCGUAUGUCUGUACGAUAUUAGUGGUGGAAAAGCAGUGCAACAAAAAAAGGGUAAUCAAUAAAAAAAACGCAUUGCAAAGGUGCUGUAAGAAAAGUGCAUUAGCCCGGAAAUCCAUUAGUGGGGCAGUUUGUGUGAAGAAUUUAAUUUAAUAUUACCUUCAGUGCCCUCAAACCGGAGGAAGCGUGCGUGUGUGUGUGUUUUUAUGUGUGUUUGAUGACCCAGUGGGUCAGCGUUAAAAGUAAACUAAGAGAAUAACAAGAAAACGAAAAGAAAAAAGCGCAACAAAAGUUGCAUCGUGUGAAAGCAAGAAACAAAUCAAGUGCAUUUCGGUUGCAUUAAACAAAUUGAAAAAAACACGUAAAAGUGGGUGUUGAUAAAAGAAAAAACCCUCGCCGCCAUAAUCCAACUGGAAAGGUGAAACAACAAGGAGCAGACAUAACACGCCGACCAUUAGUAUCAGCACCAAACAGUAGUGCUGCCGUUCAUUGCUUCGAAGAAAAGAAUGUACUAAAACUAGGCUCGAGCGAAAUUAUUAUGAUGGUGGCGGACUUUGUAACACGCCAGCAGAACGGUUCGCCGCUGAACGGUGAAAUACCCGGCCAAAAUCACAACUCCAAUUCCAACAUGCCUGCCCACAGUGCCUUACUGAUGAGCAACAACAGCAGCAACAGCAACAGCUCUGGCCGUGCCAGUCCACACACCUCCUCGGAGUCGGAGUUCCCCCAGAACGGCUACGAGCUGGCGGCCCAUCUGAAGCGCAAGGAGCUAUUCUCACAGCGCAAGCAGCGGGAAUUCAUCCCGGACAACAAGAAGGACGACAGCUACUGGGAUCGGCGGCGACGCAACAAUGAGGCGGCGAAACGAUCGCGCGAGAAGCGUCGCUUCAACGAUAUGGUGCUGGAGCAGCGUGUCGUCGAGCUGACGAAGGAGAACCACGUACUGAAGGCACAGCUGGACGCGAUCAAGAGCAAGUACAAUAUCUGUGGCGAGAAUUUGGUUAGCGUCGAUCAAAUUAUGGCAACGCUGCCGACGAACGAGCAGGUACUCAGCUCGACCAAGCGCGUUAAGCUGGCGAACGGCAGCAGCCAGGGACGGUCUAGCUCACCGACUGGCUCGAUGAUUGGCUUUCCGCUAUCGCGCAGUCCCUCGCGACAACCGCAGGCUACCUCACCCUCGCAAUCACAUGGACGUGCCUCGUCACCGCACAGCCCACCGGUCAGCAACGGUACACCACAUCUGCAGCAGACGCUGCUGGCGGUCGUACAGAAUGCUCCGAGCACGACGUCCACCUCCCCCGGAGCUUCGUCGAUUCCUUCCUCCCAGCAAGCACCGGUCAUCCAUCCCAACCCGAACGUGGAAUCACCACCGCCGGCCGGACCAAGCUCAUCGCCCACGGUAUCGUCGGGCGGUGCUAUUCAGCAUACGAACGGUGCGGCAACAUAUCUGUCACCGGUCCAUGCCAUCUACCGCAACGGUACGAUCGUCGAGUACGAGCGGGCAUCGGAAGGUGGCAAGUUGUCGUCGAUGGAAGGUAACGGUCGCAGUCCGUCCCAGAUUCGGCUGGAACUGAUCGAACGCAACCUGGACGAUCAUCAUCACCUGCAGCAACAGCUCGCCCAGCAACAGCACCAUCAUCAGCAGCAGUUGGCUUCCUCCUCGUCCCAGCAUCAUCAUCAUCAUCACUACAGCCAUCAUUCGCGGGAGGUGAUUCGGGAGUCGGUGAUCGAUCAUCACCAUCCGCACCAUCACCAUGCGCAGCAUCACCAUCAACCUCCGCAUCAAUCCCACCCGCAUCAGCAACAUCUUCAGCAGCAACAGCAGCAACAUCCACACCAUCUUCACCAGCGAGUGCUGGUGUCCAAUGGUGAGCUGGACCGAGAUGAACGUUCCCCCUCACCGACGUUGACACCUUCGGCUGCACCGCGCUUCGGUUCGCCUACCACCACCACAACCUCCUCUUCCGCUCCGAUCUCAUCCACCUCACCGCCGACGAUCAUCUCAAGUACGAGUCCGGCGGGAUCGCCACCGGCCCAUGUUCCGGUUGCAGCUCACGCACACUCGCACCACUAUCCGCCCCACCAUCAUCACCACCAUCCGCACCAUAUAGCCGCACACCAUGCGCAUCCGCCACACUUUGUCGUGGGUGCAAGCUCCCCGUACGCUAGUUCGGCUCUUCCUGCCAGCGGUUAUCCACUAACGGCCGCAGCCGCCGCCGUUGCAGCCUAUGCCAGCGGAGCAGGCGCGUUGUAUGCGUCGCCUCCGCGCACCACCGAAAUAGCGAGCGCACUGCUGACGGCGAACGUGCUCAAUCUGAGCCGCCGUGCACCGUCACCGUACGAUUCGAGCCCACCACAGACGGCUUCCUCCACGGCGAGCGCCGGCAGCACAUCCGAGCACGAGGAAGAACCGGACCGUGAGCGAGAAGUGCACGAACAUGCCAACAGUUUGCCGGUAAAGUUGCGCCACAAGUCGCAUCUCGGCGAUAAGGAUGCGGCAACGGCACUGUUGGCGCUGCAAAACAUCAAGCAAGAACCGAUCGGCAUACGGUCGAGUUCGCCCGCCUGGGACGAUGGUGACGGAUCGUCGGACGAGCGCGAUUCCGGCAUCUCCACGAACGAGUGGCCAACGAAGGCGGAACAGAAGAUGAUGGUACCGCUACCGGGAUCGCCACCGUCAGCGUCCGCAUCGUCCGCGGGCAGUGCGUCCGGUGGCGGAGCAAUCGUCAGUACCGCGGCAAUGGCGGCCGCCGCAGCAGCAGUUGCGGCCGCAGCCGGCAAGAUCACCUCCAUACCGGCAUCGGUCGUGAUCAGCAAAAAGGCGGAGGAAAACAUACACCUGCAGUCGAAGCUGGCCCGGCUCGAGUCCGAGGUCGCCACCAUCAAGAACAUGAUGAUCUCGAACACGACCGGCAGUGGGUUCGGUGUGACAGCGGCAGCACAGUAGCGCGCAUCGUGCACCGAAUUGCCACAGCCAAGUCGCACAGUACGACGGCACCGAAGGCGACGGCCGCAACGAUGACGGAUGAAGCAAUGAGACCGGACGAAUAGACGACUCAUGUGUCAUCCGGAUCGUGCGGGUGUGAUCUAGUUCCUGUAAAAGUAGUUUCGACGAGUAGAAGAGGAUAGUUGUCGUACGAAGUCAACCCGACGUCCACACGCUGGAGUUUCAUUCCUGGGUGAGCCGCGAGUAUUCCGGCCGGUGAGUGAUGGAGCAUCGAAAUUGUGCGUGGUUCUCUCUUAAGAUCCCGUCCGCACCACAAACUCCACACCCCAACCACCCGACCGCGAUGGAAGUGAAGCGAAGAACAGAGCAAAACGGACCACGCAACAAGCAGAAGGAUAUAUCCCCCAUUUUAUGUUAGUGGGUUAGUUGAUCGGUUGGAAUUUCUCGCCGCAUCGACGUGGCGUGAACGUACCGCUGCGUGCUUGGUGAAAGUUACGACAAUCUGUUAGCCCGCGAGAGAAAGGCAGCCGGCAAACCGAUCACGGCGUGUAGGACGCAAGGAGAAAGCGCACUGCUUGAGGCGUGUCCGUCCCGAUUCGGUGAGGUUGCUUUUUUUUCUGUUCGUUAUCUGCCGUUUUCUUGUGCUUCAUUGAAGGCGCUCGUCGAAGUCAAGUGAAAUGGUGCGACUUGAUGCUUCGGUGAGCCCGCAACCAGUGGCAGCUACGCAGGUGAUGAGAAUGCGACUCUUUACGCAUCGUUUUUUUUCUGGAUGGUGCGUGUGGAUGUAUUUAUUUGGAAAUAGUCUGUAGGAUGCGAUGUGAAUCAAAAUCAACAACAACAAAAAAAGUCGAUUGACUGGUUGGUUUGUUGUGGAUGUAGUACAUCUGAGAUGAAGUAGAACAGACCAGGUGAUGGACACAGAGGAUCGUUUGUUGUAUAAAAAAGAAGAAAAAAACAUGGUGUAUAACACUAAAGCAGAACUGUAAAUGUGAAAACCGAACUACAUCAAUCAUAUUUAUAUCCAUGGUAGGUAUAAGAAAAACUGUACAGAAGAGAGAAGAAACAGAGAGGGAGAGAAGCAACUUAUAUAUCAAAAAGGAAAUAUGAAGUGUAUUUUAAAUAUUAGUGUAUUAAAGAGGAUGA